CGGAAAUGACCAAUAUACCCAAUAUCUUUCAUCAUAUAAACCUCAAACUCUUCCCUCUCCUCAAACAACAAGAACCCAAAGAUGGCUCUCACAAAAAUCUUCUUAAUCCUUCUCCUAUCCCUCUUAGGUUUAUAUUCUGAAACCGUCAAAUCUCAAAACUGCGAUUGCGCCCCUAACCUAUGUUGCAGUCAGUUCGGUUAUUGCGGUACCACUGCAGAUUACUGUGGUUCUACGUGCCAAUCAGGUCCUUGUAGAGUCGGUGGACCCCCUACCGGUGCCGGUUUGGUUGGUAAUAUCGUGACACAAAUUUUCUUUAACAACAUUAUCAACCAAGCCGGUAAUGGAUGCGCGGGAAAAAGUUUUUACACCCGGGACUCUUUCAUUAACGCCACCAAUACUUUCCCCAGCUUUGCUAAUACCGUUACUAGACGUGAAAUUGCUACCAUGUUUGCUCAUUUCACUUACGAGACAGGACACUUCUGCUACAUAGAAGAGAUAAACGGGGCGUCACGUGUCAUGUGCGACCAGAACAACAGGCAAUAUCCAUGUGCACCGGCCAAGAGCUACCAUGGCCGUGGUCCGCUCCUACUAUCAUGGAACUUCAACUAUGGAGCAUGCGGCCAGAGUCUCGGCUUAGACCUCCUACGCCAGCCCGAGCUGGUGAGUAGUAACCCAGUCGUGGCUUUCAGGACGGCUCUGUGGUUUUGGAUGAAGAGCGUGAGGCCUGUAUUGAACCAGGGAUUUGGAGCCACCAUAAGAGCCAUCAGCGGUUUCGACUGUGACGGUAGGAACUUAGGUGGGGUGAACGCAAGGAUUGGCUACUAUAGAGACUAUUGUGGGCAGCUUGGUUUGGACCCUGGCGCCAACAUAACUUGCUAAAACGCUCUUGGGACAUACAUGGCACGAAAGUAUUAAAGGUGAAAUAAGAAGUGUUGUUGUAAUUGUAGUACUUUUUUUUUUUUUUUUUUUGAUAAAAAGCUAGAGUAAUCUUGUGAAGUGAAAUCACAUUAUUAAAAGAUUAAUAAAUCGACUUAUACAAAUAAAAUG